GACCAUAAGCAACUUCACCCUUAAACCACAAACAGCACACCACUUUGUCACCGGUGCUUUGGGUUUAAGUGGCUCUACAACUAUUCGACCAACCCAAAAAUAACAUUAAAACCAGGACAACAAGAUUAUAAAACGACCCAACUCGGUAUAAAGAUGGGAAAAGAAACGAUUUGCUUUUUAACCAUUUGGAUAACUUUGGGAAACAUCCUUGCAACUUUUUCUUCAGAUCUUGAAACCACCAGCAACUCAACUGUCUUUGCAGGAAACAUCACAGCCACCGAUGCGCCUGUGCCAACCACCACUGAAUGGAUGAUGGAUUACACUGACAUCUUGUCCAAGUUUUCCCUGCGCACCGCCGAGCUCCCAGAUGAUGAUAUGUGCUACAUGGUGGCCGGCAGACCAGAAACAAUCACUGAGUGUGAAUUCAAUGCAGAAAGCCAGACCUUCAUUGUGAUACACGGCUGGACGGUAACAGGAAUGUUUGAGAGCUGGGUGCCCAAGCUGGUGUCUGCCUUGUAUGACCGUGUGCCAACUGCCAAUGUAAUUGUGGUGGACUGGCUGACACGUGCCAGCCAGCACUACCCAACCUCUGCAGCCUCCACCAAGCUGGUUGGCCGUGAUGUGGCCAAAUUCGUCACAUGGCUUCAGAAAGAGCUGCAGCUGCCCUGGGAGAGGAUUCAUCUGCUGGGAUACAGCCUGGGAGCGCAUGUAGCUGGCAUUGCUGGAGACCUCACUGACCACAAGAUCAGCAGGAUCACAGGUCUGGAUCCCGCUGGUCCAACCUUCGAGAAUGCAGAUGAACAGAGCACUUUGUCCCGAGGUGAUGCCCAGUUUGUGGACGUCCUGCACACCAAUACAAGGGGCUCUCCAGACCGCAGUAUUGGCAUCCAGAGACCUGUGGGUCAUAUUGACAUCUACCCUAAUGGAGGAACCUUCCAGCCGGGUUGCGACAUCCAGAACACCUUACUGGGGAUUGCAUCAGAAGGAAUCAAGGGUCUCCAAAAUAUGGAUCAGCUUGUCAAAUGCUCCCAUGAGCGCUCCAUCCACUUGUUCAUUGACUCGCUGCUGAACACUCAGCAGCAGAGCAUGGCCUACCGCUGCAACUCCAAGGACACCUUUAACAAGGGGAUGUGCCUCAGCUGCAGAAAGAACCGCUGCAAUAAGCUUGGCUACAACAUCAACAAGGUUCGCACAGCCCGCAGUGCCACCAUGUACCUCAAAACCCGUGAUAUGAUGCCUUACAAAGUUUUCCAUUACCAAGUAAAGGCGCACCUCUUCAGCAAAGACAAACAGAGCUUCACUGAGCAGCCAAUGAAGAUUUCACUGUAUGGAACCCACGGAGAGAAGGAGGACAUCCCUAUUGUCCUCCCCACCCUGGAUGGUAACACCACCUUGUCCUUCCUGAUAACCACCGACGUGGACAUUGGUGACCUGAUGAUUGUCAAGAUCCGAUGGGAGAAGGAUGCAUUCUUCAGCUGGUCUGACUUUUGGGGCAGCAGCAAGUUUCACCUCCGAAAGCUCCGCAUCAAGUGUGGGGAGACUCAGUCCAAGGUUAUCUUCAAUGCGAAGGAAGGAGAGUUUGCUUACCUCGUCAGGGGAGGGGAAAAUGCAGUCUUUGUCAAGUCGAAAGAAGACAAUCUGAGCCGUAAAGAAAGAAGGAUGCACAGACUCAAGACACAGGGUAGUCUGUUCAACCAGAACGAAGCUUGAAGAAACUUUAUGAAUUUACCCACCAGGUGAAUUGAAUCAUCCAUCUCUAGUUGCGUAGCCAAAGAUGGACAGCACACAGAAACACUGGGGAAUCCUUUGCAGAAACCUGGACGCUUAAUGAAUGCUCCUUUCUUCCUAUUUCCCCCCUCCUGAGCUUCCAAUGAAACCAACCCAACCUCAUUCACGGUUUAUGUAAUCAGUGUUCUCCUGACUUCCUGGGUCUCUUUUCAAGUUCUGCAGCUGCAAAUAUGUUACUGGCUUCCUUUAUGAUGAUUGAAAUUUCUUUGAACAACUCUCCACUUUACGUAGCUUUGGCUGAAUUGUAAUCAUUGUUUAUGCUCAUGUAUUCUGUAUGUACUGCUUUAACGACUGUGUUGUAUUUCAGAACCCUGAAAUGAUAUGUUUCCUUUGCCUAUGUGAACUUGGAUUAUUGAUAACAUGUAAAUGAUUCAUAGUGAUAGGCAUGAUCAUGGCACAUUUCUGUGUUUGCUUUAGUUUAAUCAAUAGUUUUGUGCCCAGUUUGUGUUUUUUUAACCACUAUAUACCAACAAACGACAGGGACCAAAGAAACAUUUGCUAUCUACUGAAGUCAAUCACAUCAUUCCUUGUAAAUACUGUAAUCAGCAUCAGCAAUCCUUCGUUUUUUAACAUGAGCCACCUGUUCACACCUAAUCUCUUGAAGUCUUGUUUUUCUUAGAUUGAUCUCAAGAUUGGUCAGACUGCUCUCCAUUAGGGAUUUGCAUUCUUUAAAUCUGGUAUUUUGCGAACCCCUCCAGAUAUAUUGUUCCACCUCAUCCUGCUGACCAGAAAUUGAUCUUGAAAUAAAACACCAACCAAGCCUUUAAAA